CUUGUACGGAGUACUUCUGCCCUCUUCUUCAUCCCGAUCCUGAUCCUUGAUCCUAUCCUCCUCCUCCAUCCUCUCCUCAACUCUCACUCCCCACUCUCCACCUCCCACAUCCCACACACACACACCCUCAAAAUGGCCACCAACAUCACCUACCACGCCAGCGCACUCACACGCAACGAGCGCACCACCCUGCGCUCCCAACGCGGCCUCACAAUCUGGCUGACCGGACUAUCCGCAUCCGGCAAGUCCACCGUGGCCGUGGAACUCGAGCACCAACUGCUGCACGACCGGGGCGUGCACGCCUACCGGCUGGACGGCGACAACAUCCGGUUCGGGCUGAACAAGGACCUGGGAUUCAGCGAGAUCGACCGUAACGAGAACAUCCGGCGGAUUGCGGAGGUGGCGAAGCUGUUCGCGGACAGCGCGUCGAUCGCCAUCACGUCGUUCAUCUCGCCGUACCGCAAGGACCGCGACACGGCGCGCGCGCUGCACGAGGUGCCCACGCCGGGCGAGGAGACCGGGCUGCCGUUCGUCGAGGUCUACGUUGAUGUGCCGGUUGAGGUGGCCGAGCAGCGCGAUCCCAAGGGGCUCUACAAGAAGGCCCGCGAGGGGAUCAUUAAGGAGUUUACCGGCAUCAGUGCCCCGUAUGAGGCGCCGGAGAAGCCCGAGGUGCAUAUUAAGAAUCAUGAGGUGCCGGUUCAGGAGGCGGUGAGGCAGAUUAUUGCUUAUUUGGAUGAGCAGGGUUAUUUGCCUCCUGCUCCUGCUAAGAAGGAGUAAAUUUUUUUUUUUUUUUUUUUGCUUUGUUUUUUUUGGGGGGGGGG